CGCCAGCGCCAGCGCCAGCGCCAGCAGCCGGGCCCGAUCACCCGCCGCCCGAUCACCCGCCGCCCGGUGCCCGCCGCCGCCCGCGCCAGCAGCCGGGCCCGAUCACCCGCCGCCCGGUGCCCGCCGCCGCCCGCGCCAGCAGCCGGGCCCGAUCACCCGCCGCCCGAUCACCCGCCGCCCGGUGCCCGCCGCCGCCCGCGCCAGCAGCCGGGCCCGAUCACCCGCCGCCCGGUGCCCGCCGCCGCCCGCGCCAGCAGCCGGGCCCGAUCACCCGCCGCCCGAUCACCCGCCGCCCGGUGCCCGCCGCCGCCCGCGCCAGCAGCCGGGCCCGAUCACCCGCCGCCCGGUGCCCGCCGCCGCCCGCGCCAGCAGCCGGGCCCGAUCACCCGCCGCCGCCCGCGCCACCGGCAUGACGCUCCGGGGCUUCUGCAGCGCGGAUGGCUCCGAUCCGCUCUGGGACUGGAAUGUCACGUGGAAUACCAGCAACCCGGACUUCACCAAGUGCUUCCUCGUGUGGGUGCCUUGUUUUUACCUCUGGGCCUGUUUCCCCUUCUACUUCCUCUAUCUCUCCCGACAUGACGGAGGCUACAUUCAGAUGACACCUCUCAACAAAACCAAAACUGCCUUGGGGUUUUUGCUGUGGAUCGUGUGCUGGGCAGGCCUCUUCUACUCUUUCUGGGAAAGAAGUCGGGGCAUAUUCCUGGCCCCAGUGUUUCUGGUCAGCCCAACUCUCUUGGGCAUCACCAUGCUGCUUGCUACCUUUUUAAUUCAGCUGGAGAGGAGGAAGGGAGUUCAGUCUUCAGGGAUCAUGCUCACUUUCUGGCUGGUAGCCCUAGUGUGUGCCCUAGCCAUCCUGAGAUCCAAAAUUAUGACAGCCUUAAAAGAGGACUGGAAUGUCACGUGGAAUACCAGCAACCCGGACUUCACCAAGUGCUUCCUCGUGUGGGUGCCUUGUUUUUACCUCUGGGCCUGUUUCCCCUUCUACUUCCUCUAUCUCUCCCGACAUGACGGAGGCUACAUUCAGAUGACACCUCUCAACAAAACCAAAACUGCCUUGGGGUUUUUGCUGUGGAUCGUGUGCUGGGCAGGCCUCUUCUACUCUUUCUGGGAAAGAAGUCGGGGCAUAUUCCUGGCCCCAGUGUUUCUGGUCAGCCCAACUCUCUUGGGCAUCACCAUGCUGCUUGCUACCUUUUUAAUUCAGCUGGAGAGGAGGAAGGGAGUUCAGUCUUCAGGGAUCAUGCUCACUUUCUGGCUGGUAGCCCUAGUGUGUGCCCUCGCCAUCCUGAGAUCCAAAAUUAUGACAGCCUUAAAACAGGAUGCCCAGGUGGACCUGUUUCGUGACAUCACUUUCUACGUCUACUUUUCCCUCUUACUCAUUCAGCUCGUCUUGUCCUGUUUCUCAGAUCGCUCACCCCUGUUCUCGGAAACCGUCCACGACCCUAAUCCCUGCCCAGAGUCCAGCGCUUCCUUCCUGUCGAGGAUCACCUUCUGGUGGAUCACAGGGUUGAUUGUCCGGGGCUACCGCCAGCCCCUGGAGGGCAGUGACCUCUGGUCCUUAAACAAGGAGGACACGUCGGAACAAGUCGUGCCUGUUUUGGUAAAGAACUGGAAGAAGGAAUGCGCCAAGACUAGGAAGCAGCCGGUGAAGGUCGUGUACUCCUCCAAGGAUCCUGCCCAGCCGAAAGAGAGUUCCAAGGUGGAUGCGAAUGAGGAGGUGGAGGCUUUGAUUGUCAAGUCCCCACAGAAGGAGUGGAACCCCUCUCUGUUUAAGGUGUUAUACAAGACCUUUGGGCCCUACUUCCUCAUGAGCUUCUUCUUUAAGGCCAUCCAUGACCUGAUGAUGUUUUCCGGGCCGCAGAUCUUAAAGUUGCUCAUCAAGUUCGUGAACGACAGGAAGGCCCCAGACUGGCAGGGCUACUUCUACACCGUGCUGCUGUUUGUCACUGCCUGCCUGCAGACCCUCGUGCUGCACCAGUACUUCCACAUCUGCUUUGUCAGUGGCAUGAGGAUCAAGACCGCUGUCAUUGGGGCUGUCUAUCGGAAGGCCCUGGUGAUCACCAAUUCAGCCAGAAAAUCCUCCACGGUCGGGGAGAUUGUCAACCUCAUGUCUGUGGACGCUCAGAGGUUCAUGGACUUGGCCACAUACAUUAACAUGAUCUGGUCAGCCCCCCUGCAAGUCAUCCUUGCUCUCUACCUCCUGUGGCUGAACCUGGGCCCCUCCGUCCUGGCUGGAGUGGCGGUGAUGGUCCUCAUGGUGCCCGUCAAUGCUGUGAUGGCGAUGAAGACCAAGACGUAUCAGGUGGCCCACAUGAAGAGCAAAGACAAUCGGAUCAAGCUGAUGAACGAAAUUCUCAAUGGGAUCAAAGUGCUAAAGCUUUAUGCCUGGGAGCUGGCAUUCAAGGACAAGGUGCUGGCCAUCAGGCAGGAGGAGCUGAAGGUGCUGAAGAAGUCUGCCUACCUGUCAGCCGUGGGCACCUUCACCUGGGUCUGCACGCCCUUCCUGGUGGCCCUGUGCACGUUUGCCGUCUACGUGACCAUUGACGAGAACAACAUCCUGGAUGCCCAGACAGCCUUCGUGUCUUUGGCCUUGUUCAGCAUCCUCCGGUUUCCCCUGAACAUUCUUCCCAUGGUCAUCAGCAGCAUCGUGCAGGCGAGUGUCUCCCUGAAACGCCUGAGGAUCUUUCUCUCCCAUGAGGAGCUGGAACCUGACAGCAUCGAGCGACGGCCUGUCAAAGACGGCGGGGGCACGAACAGCAUCACCGUGAGGAAUGCCACAUUCACCUGGGCCAGGAGCGACCCACCCACACUGAAUGGCAUCACCUUCUCCAUCCCCGAAGGUGCUUUGGUGGCCGUGGUGGGCCAGGUGGGCUGCGGAAAGUCGUCCCUGCUCUCAGCCCUCUUGGCUGAGAUGGACAAAGUGGAGGGGCACGUGGCUAUCAAGGGCUCCGUGGCCUAUGUGCCACAGCAGGCCUGGAUUCAGAAUGAUUCUCUCCGAGAAAACAUCCUUUUUGGAUGUCAGCUGGAGGAACCAUAUUACAGGUCCGUGAUACAGGCCUGUGCCCUCCUCCCAGACCUGGAAAUCCUGCCCAGCGGGGAUCGGACAGAGAUUGGCGAGAAGGGCGUGAACCUGUCUGGGGGCCAGAAGCAGCGCGUGAGCCUGGCCCGGGCCGUGUACUCCAACGCUGACAUUUACCUCUUCGAUGAUCCCCUCUCAGCAGUGGAUGCCCAUGUGGGAAAACACAUCUUUGAAAAUGUGAUUGGCCCCAAGGGGAUGCUGAAGAACAAGACGCGAAUCUUGGUCACGCAGAGCAUGAGCUACUUGCCGCAGGUGGACGUCAUCAUCGUCAUGAGUGGCGGCAAGAUCUCUGAGAUGGGCUCCUACCAGGAGCUGCUGGCCCGAGACGGCGCCUUCGCCGAGUUCCUGCGUACCUAUGCCAGCACAGAGCAGGAGCAGGACGCAGAGGAGAACGUGACCUUGAGGAACCCUGGGAGCUCAGGAAGGAAGGAGCGCCCAGAAGCAGGGACAGGGAGCUGGUUGGGGAGGACCAGAAAUCAGGUUAUCGAUACUCUGGCUGACCAUCAUCAUCGUGGGACUGACUUUGGUGGAAGUCCUUGGUUAGAUAUCAUUAUUGAAUUUCCGAGAAGUUAUAAAGUUGUCAUUAUCCUCUGGACAGUUUACCUUUGGUUGUCUUUCCUGAAGACUAUCUUCCAGUCUGAAAAGGGACAUGAUGGAUCCACAGAUGUACAGCAGAGAGCCUGGAGGUCCAACCGCCGUAGACAGGAAGGGCUGAGGUCCAUUUGUAUGCACACAAAGAAAAGAGUUUCUUCCUUUCCAGGAAAUAAAAUUGGCCGGAAAGACGUCAUUACUCUAUGGAGACAUGUGAAAACAAAAGUUACGCCUAAAAUCCGUAAGAUGAAGGUGACAACAAAAAUCAACCAUCAUGACAAAAUCAGUGGAAAGAGGAAGACCGCCAAAAAACAGAAAAUGUUUCAACGUGCGCAAGAGUUGCGGCGGCGGGCAGAGGACUACCACAAACGCAAAAUCCCCCCUUCUGCAAGAAAGCCUCUUUGCAACUGGGUCAGAAUGGCGGCAGCGGAGCAUCGUCAUUCUUCAGGAUUGCCCCACUGGCCCUACCUCACAGCUGAAACUUUAAAAAACAGGAUGGGCCACCAGCCACCUCCUCCAACUCAACAACAUUCUAUAACUGAUAACUCCCUGAGCCUCAAGACACGUGCCGAAUGUCUGGUCUAUCCCCUUCCACCCUCAGCGGAUGAUAAUCUCACGACGCCUCCCGAGUGUUUCCUCACUCCUCUUCCACCCUCAGCUCCACCCUCAGCGGAUGAUAAUCUCAAGACACCUCCCUUAGCUACUCAGGAGGCUGAGGCAGAAAAACCACCCAAACCCGAGAGAGAGAGGGCCGCUGACGUGGAACCACCACCGAAACCCGAGAGGCGGAGGGCCGCUGACGUGCAACCAUCACGGAAACCCGAGAGGCGGAGGACCACUGACGUGCAACCAUCACGGAAACCCGAGAGGCGGAGGGCCGCAGUGGAUAAGACACCUGCCGAGUUUCUGGUCUAUCCCCUUCCACCCUCAGCGGAUGAUAAUCUCGAAACGCCUCUCGAGUGUCUCCUCGCUCCUCUUCCACCCUCACGUCUAUCCCCAGCUCCACCCUCAGCGGAUGAUAAGACACCUGCCGAGUUUCUGGUCUAUCCCCUUCCACCCUCAGCGGAUGAUAAUCUCGAAACGCCUCUCAAGUGUCUCCUCACUCCUCUUCCACCCUCAGCUCCACCCUCAGCGGAUGAUAAUCUCAAGACACCUCCCUUAGCUACUCAGGAGGCUGAGGCAGAAAAACCACCCAAACCCGAGAGACAGAGGGCCGCUGACGUGGAACCACCACCGAAACCCGAGAGGCGGAGGGCCGCUGACGUGCAACCAUCACGGAAACCCGAGAGGCGGAGGACCACUGAUGUGCAACCAUCACGGAAACCCGAGAGGCGGAGGACCACUGACGUGCAACCAUCACGGAAACCCGAGAGGCGGAGGGCCGCAGUGGAUAAGACACCUGCCGAGUUUCUGGUCUAUCCCCUUCCACCCUCAGCGGAUGAUAAUCUCGAAAUGCCUCUCGAGUGUCUCCUCACUCCUCUUCCACCCUCACCUCCACCCUCAGCGGAUGAUAAUCUCAAGACACCUCCCUUAGCUACUCAGGAGGCUGAGGCAGAAAAACCACCCAAACCCGAGAGACAGAGGGCCGCUGACGUGGAACCACCACCGAAACCCGAGAGGCGGAGGGCCGCUGACGUGCAACCAUCAUGGAAACCCGAGAGGCGGAGGACCACUGACGUGCAACCAUCACGGAAACCCGAGAGGCGGAGGGCCGCAGUGGAUAAGACACCUGCCGAGUUUCUGGUCUAUCCCCUUCCACCCUCAGCGGAUGAUAAUCUCGAAAUGCCUCUCGAGUGUCUCCUCACUCCUCUUCCACCCUCACCUCCACCCUCAGCGGAUGAUAAUCUCAAGACACCUCCCUUAGCUACUCAGGAGGCUGAGGCAGAAAAACCACCCAAACCCGAGAGACAGAGGGCCGCUGACGUGGAACCACCACCGAAACCCGAGAGGCGGAGGGCCGCUGACGUGCAACCAUCAUGGAAACCCGAGAGGCGGAGGACCGCUGACGUGCAACCAUCACGGAAACCCGAGAGGCGGAGGGCCGCAGUGGAUAAGACACCUGCCGAGUUUCUGGUCUAUCCCCUUCCACCCUCAGCGGAUGAUAAUCUCGAAAUGCCUCUCGAGUGUCUCCUCACUCCUCUUCCACCCUCACCUCCACCCUCAGCUCCACCCUCAGCGGAUGAUAAUCUCAAGACACCUCCCUUAGCUACUCAGGAGGCUGAGGCAGAAAAACCACCCAAACCCGAGAGACAGAGGGCCGCUGACGUGGAACCACCACCGAAACCCGAGAGGCGGAGGGCCGCUGACGUGCAACCAUCACGGAAACCCGAGAGGCGGAGGGCCGCUGACGUGCAACCAUCACGGAAACCCGAGAGGCGGAGGACCACUGACGUGCAACCAUCACGGAAACCCGAGAGGCGGAGGGCCGCAGUGGAUAAGACACCUGCCGAGUUUCUGGUCUAUCCCCUUCCACCCUCAGCGGAUGAUAAUCUCGAAAUGCCUCUCGAGUGUCUCCUCACUCCUCUUCCACCCUCACCUCCACCCUCAGCUCCACCCUCAGCGGAUGAUAAUCUCAAGACACCUCCCUUAGCUACUCAGGAGGCUGAGGCAGAAAAACCACCCAAACCCGAGAGACAGAGGGCCGCUGACGUGGAACCACCACCGAAACCCGAGAGGCGGAGGGCCGCUGACGUGCAACCAUCACGGAAACCCGAGAGGCGGAGGACCACUGACGUGCAACCAUCACGGAAACCCGAGAGGCGGAGGGCCGCAGUGGAUAAGACACCUGCCGAGUUUCUGGUCUAUCCCCUUCCACCCUCAGCGGAUGAUAAUCUCGAAAUGCCUCUCGAGUGUCUCCUCACUCCUCUUCCACCCUCACCUCCACCCUCAGCGGAUGAUAAUCUCAAGACACCUCCCUUAGCUACUCAGGAGGCUGAGGCAGAAAAACCACCCAAACCCGAGAGACAGAGGGCCGCUGACGUGGAACCACCACCGAAACCCGAGAGGCGGAGGGCCGUUGACGUGCAACCAUCAUGGAAACCCGAGAGGCGGAGGACCACUGACGUGCAACCAUCACGGAAACCCGAGAGGCGGAGGGCCGCAGUGGAUAAGACACCUGCCGAGUUUCUGGUCUAUCCCCUUCCACCCUCAGCGGAUGAUAAUCUCGAAAUGCCUCUCGAGUGUCUCCUCACUCCUCUUCCACCCUCACCUCCACCCUCAGCGGAUGAUAAUCUCAAGACACCUCCCUUAGCUACUCAGGAGGCUGAGGCAGAAAAACCACCCAAACCCGAGAGACAGAGGGCCGCUGACGUGGAACCACCACCGAAACCCGAGAGGCGGAGGGCCGCUGACGUGCAACCAUCAUGGAAACCCGAGAGGCGGAGGACCACUGACGUGCAACCAUCACGGGAACCCGAGAGGCGGAGGGCCGCAGUGGAUAAGACACCUGCCGAGUUUCUGGUCUAUCCCCUUCCACCCUCAGCGGAUGAUAAUCUCGAAAUGCCUCUCGAGUGUCUCCUCACUCCUCUUCCACCCUCACCUCCACCCUCAGCUCCACCCUCAGCGGAUGAUAAUCUCAAGACACCUCCCUUAGCUACUCAGGAGGCUGAGGCAGAAAAACCACCCAAACCCGAGAGACAGAGGGCCGCUGACGUGGAACCACCACCGAAACCCGAGAGGCGGAGGGCCGCUGACGUGCAACCAUCACGGAAACCCGAGAGGCGGAGGGCCGCUGACAUGCAACCAUCACGGAAACCCGAGAGGCGGAGGACCACUGACGUGCAACCAUCACGGAAACCCGAGAGGCAGAGGGCCGCAGUGGAUAAGACACCUGCCGAGUUUCUGGUCUAUCCCCUUCCACCCUCAGCGGAUGAUAAUCUCGAAAUGCCUCUCGAGUGUCUCCUCACUCCUCUUCCACCCUCACCUCCACCCUCAGCGGAUGAUAAUCUCAAGACACCUCCCUUAGCUACUCAGGAGGCUGAGGCAGAAAAACCACCCAAACCCGAGAGACAGAGGGCCGCUGACGUGGAACCACCACCGAAACCCGAGAGGCGGAGGGCCGCUGACGUGCAACCAUCAUGGAAACCCGAGAGGCGGAGGACCACUGACGUGCAACCAUCACGGAAACCCGAGAGGCGGAGGGCCGCAGUGGAUAAGACACCUGCCGAGUUUCUGGUCUAUCCCCUUCUACCCUCAGCGGAUGAUAAUCUCGAAACGCCUCUCGAGUGUCUCCUCGCUCCUCUUCCACCCUCACGUCUAUCCCCAGCUCCACCCUCAGCGGAUGAUAAGACACCUGCCGAGUUUCUGGUCUAUCCCCUUCCACCCUCAGCGGAUGAUAAUCUCGAAACGCCUCUCGAGUGUCUCCUCACUCCUCUUCCACCCUCACCUCCACCCUCAGCUCCACCCUCAGCGGAUGAUAAUCUCAAGACACCUCCCUUAGCUACUCAGGAGGCUGAGGCAGAAAAACCACCCAAACCCGAGAGACAGAGGGCCGCUGACGUGGAACCACCACCGAAACCCGAGAGGCGGAGGGCCGCUGACGUGCAACCAUCACGGAAACCCGAGGGGCGGAGGGCCGCUGACGUGCAACCAUCAGGGAAACCCGAGAGGCGGAGGACCACUGACGUGCAACCAUCACGGAAACCCGAGAGGCGGAGGGCCGCAGUGGAUAAGACACCUGCCGAGUUUCUGGUCUAUCCCCUUCCACCCUCAGCGGAUGAUAAUCUUGAAACGCCUCUCGAGUGUCUCCUCGCUCCUCUUCCACCCUCACGUCUAUCCCCAGCUCCACCCUCAGCGGAUGAUAAGACACCUGCCGAGUUUCUGGUCUAUCCCCUUCCACCCUCAGCGGAUGAUAAUCUCGAAACGCCUCUCGAGUGUCUCCUCACUCCUCUUCCACCCUCACCUCCACCCUCAGCUCCACCCUCGGCGGAUGAUAAUCUCAAGACACCUCCCUUAGCUACUCAGGAGGCUGAGGCAGAAAAACCACCCAAACCCGAGAGACAGAGGGCCGCUGACGUGGAACCACCACCGAAACCCGAGAGGCGGAGGGCCGCUGACGUGCAACCAUCAUGGAAACCCGAGAGGCGGAGGGCCGCUGACGUGCAACCAUCAGGGAAACCCGAGAGGCGGAGGACCACUGACGUGCAACCAUCACGGAAACCCGAGAGGCGGAGGGCCGCAGUGGAUAAGACACCUGCCGAGUUUCUGGUCUAUCCCCUUCCACCCUCAGCGGAUGAUAAUCUCGAAACGCCUCUCGAGUGUCUCCUUGCUCCUCUUCCACCCUCACGUCUAUCCCCAGCUCCACCCUCAGCGGAUGAUAAGACACCUGCCGAGUUUCUGGUCUAUCCCCUUCCACCCUCAGCGGAUGAUAAUCUCGAAACGCCUCUCGAGUGUCUCCUCACUCCUCUUCCACCCUCACCUCCACCCUCAGCUCCACCCUCAGCGGAUGAUAAUCUCAAGACACCUCCCUUAGCUACUCAGGAGGCUGAGGCAGAAAAACCACCGAAACCCGAGAGGCGGAGGGCCACUGAUGCGCAGCCAUCACGGAAACCCGAGAGGCGGAGGGCCGCUGACCUGGAAUCACCACCGAAACCCGAGAGGCGGAGCGCCGCUGACGCGCAGCCGUCGCCGAAACCCGAGAGGUGGAGCACCGCUGACGUACAGCCGUCGCCGAAACCUGAGAGGCGGAGGGCCGCUGACCUGGAAUCACCACCGAAACCCGAGAGGCGGAGGGCCGCUGACCUGGAAUCACCACCGAAACCCGAGAGGCGGAGCGCCGCUGACGCGCAGCCGUCGCCGAAACCCGAGAGGCGGAGCGCCGCUGACGUGCAGCCGUCGCCGAAACCUGAGAGGCGGAGCGCCGCUGACGUUCAACCAUCACCAAAACCCGAGAGGCGGAGGGCCGCUGACGCGCAGCCGUCGCCGAAACCUGAGAGGCGGAGGGCCGCUGACCUGGAAUCACCACUGAAACCCGAGAGGCGGAGCGCCGCUGACGUUCAACCAUCACCAAAACCCGAGAGGCGGAGGGCCGCUGACCUGGAAUCACCACCGAAACCCGAGAGGCGGAGCGCCGCUGACGCGCAACCAUCACUGAAACCCGAGAGGCGGAGCGCCGCUGACGCGCAGCCGUCGCCGAAACCUGAGAGGCGGAGGGCCGCUGACCUGGAAUCACCACCGAAACCCGAGAGGCGGAGGGCCGCUGACCUGGAAUCACCACCGAAACCCGAGAGGCGGAGGGCCGCUGACCUGGAAUCACCACCGAAACCCGAGAGGCGGAGCGCCGCUGACGUUCAACCAUCACCAAAACCCGAGAGGCGGAGCGCUGCUGACGCGCAACCAUCACCGAAACCCGAGAGGCGGAGCGCCGCUGACGCGCAACCAUCACCGAAACCCGAGAGGCGGAGCGCCGCUGACGCGCAGCCGUCGCCGAAACCUGAGAGGCGGAGGGCCACUGACCUGGAAUCACCACCGAAACUCGAGAGGCGGAGCGCCGCUGACACGCAACCAUCACCGAAACCCGAGAGGCGGAGCGCCGCUGACGCGCAGCCGUCGCCGAAACCUGAGAGGCGGAGGGCCGCUGACCUGGAAUCACCACCGAAACCCGAGAGGCGGAGGGCCGCUGACGUGCAACCAGCACUGAAACCCGAGAGGCGGAGCGCCGCUGACGCGGAACCAUCAUCACCCGAACCCAAGAGGCGGAGGGUCGCUGACGAACCGCCAUGCAAACCCCCACGCAAACCCAAGAGGCGGAGGGCCGCUGACAGGGAACGGCCACACAAACCCCCACGCAAACCCAAGAGGUGGAGCGCCGCUGAGGCGCAGCCGUCGCCGAAACCUGAGAGGCGGAGCGCCACUGACGCGGAACCUCCACGCAAGCCCAAGAGGCGGAGGGCCGCUGACCGGAAACCAUCAUCACCCGAACCCAAGAGGCGGAGGGUCGCUGACGUGGAACCGCCACACAAACCCAAGAGGCGCAGGGUCGCUGACGUGAGACGGCCACGCAAACCCCCACGCAAACCCAAGAGGUGGAGCGCCGCUAAGGCGCAGCCGUCGCCGAAACCCGAGGGGCGGAGCGCCGCUGAGGCGCAGCCGUCGCCGAAACCCGAGGGGCGGAGCGCCGCUGAGGCGCAGCCGUCGCCGAAACCCGAGGGGCGGAGCGCCGCUGACGCGCAGCCAUCGCCGAAACCCGAGGGGCGGGGCGCCGCUGACGCGCAGCCGUCGCCGAAACCCGAGGGGCGGAGCACCGCUGACGCGCAAGCAUCACCGAAAUCCGAGAGGCGGAGCGCCGCUGAGGCGCAGCCGUCGCCGAAACCCGAGAGGCGGAGCGCCGCUGACACGCAGCCAUCACUGAAACCUGAGAGGCGGAGCGUCGCUGACCUGGAAUCACCACCGAAACCCGAGAGGCGGAGCGCCGCUGAGGCGCAGCCGUCGCCGAAACCCGAGAGGCGGAGCGCCGCUGACACGCAGCCAUCACCGAAACCUGAGAGGCGGAGCGUCGCUGACCUGGAAUCACCACCGAAACCCGAGAGGCGGAGCGCCGCUGACCUGGAAUCACCACCGAAACCCGAGAGGCGGAGCGCCGCUGAGGCGCAGCCGUCGCCGAAACCCGAGAGGCGGAGCGCCGCUGACACGCAGCCAUCACCGAAACCCGAGAGGCGGAGCGUCGCUGACACGCAGCCAUCACCGAAACCCGAGAGGCGGAGCGCUGCUGACACGCAGCCAUCACCGAAACCCGAGAGGCGGAGCGUCGCUGACACGCAGCCAUCACCGAAACCUGAGAGGCGGAGCGUCGCUGACACGCAGCCAUCACCGAAACCCGAGAGGCGGAGCGUCGCUGACCUGGAAUCACCACCGAAACCCGAGAGGCGGAGCGCCGCUGACACGCAGCCAUCACCGAAACCUGAGAGGCGGAGCGUCGCUGACACGCAGCCAUCACCGAAACCUGAGAGGUGGAGCGUCGCUGACCUGGAAUCACCACCGAAACCCGAGAGGCGGAGCGCCGCUGACCUGGAAUCACCACCGAAACCCGAGAGGCGGAGCGCCGCUGAGGCGCAGCCGUCGCCGAAACCCGAGAGGCGGAGCGCCGCUGACACGCAGCCAUCACCGAAACCUGAGAGGCGGAGCGUCGCUGACACGCAGCCAUCACCGAAACCUGAGAGGCGGAGCGUCGCUGACACGCAGCCAUCACCGAAACCCGAGAGGCGGAGCGUCGCUGACCUGGAAUCACCACCGAAACCCGAGAGGCGGAGCGCCGCUGAUGCGCAGCCGUCGCCGAAACCCGAGAGGCGGAGCGCCGCUGACGCGGAACCGCCUCGCAAACGCAAGAGGCGGAGGGCAGCGGACAUUGAACUAUCAUCACCCGAACCCAAGAGGCGGAGGAUCGGUGACGUGGAACGGCCACGCAAACCCAAGAGGCCGAGGGCCGCCGACGUGGAACCAUCAUUACCCGAACCCAAGAGGCGGAGGGUCGGUGACGUGGAACUGCCACGCAAACGCAAGAGGCCGCAGGCCGCCGACGUGGAACCAUCAUUACCCGAACCCAAGAGGCGGAGGUUGAAUUAGGUGAGAACAGGCCAUUGCACUCAAGCCUGAGCAAUAAGAAUAAAACUGAGUAGAACAAAAUAAAAAAAUCAAAAAACAAAACAAAACCCACACUCCAAAAACAAAGAAUAAAUAAAUAAUAUAAAAAUAAAAUAAA